AUUGGCUCCGCGGGCCGGGGCGGGGCUGCGGGGUCCGCGGUGGGCUCUGUAAGUUCACCGCCGGUCGGGUUCCACAGCCGCGCUGUCCAGCUCCUGAGACCUUGCUGUCCGCCGGUCCGCCGUCUGCUUGCCUCACGCUCCUCAGCCCUGGACCAGGGACAAGUAACCCUCGGUGACAAGACCAAAGUACACUGCUGCCCACACAGCUCCUACCUUUCUGGCUUCAAUUCUUCAGAAGAGUUUGCCGUCCUUUGGGGAGAACGUGAUUUUUGUUAUCUCAGCCCUCUGACUUCACUGAUCGCAAAUCUUUUUUAAUACCCUGGGCCAACUUUGGUCGUGCCCCACCCUGUAGCCAGGAGCCCUUUGGCAAGCUUUGGGCACCAGCAAACCACCCCUUGGAACGGGUGUUUCCUCUGGCUGAGAGUUUGAGAGGAGGCGUGGUCUCCGCAGGCAGCCUGUAGCCUCACAGCCAGGCCUGCUGGUGAGGUCACCAUGUCCACCAAGGUGCCCAUCUAUCUGAAGCGUGGCAGUCGCAAGGGCAAGAAGGAGAAGCUUCGGGACCUGCUGUCCUCGGACAUGAUCAGCCCGCCGCUGGGGGACUUCCGCCACACCAUUCAUAUCGGCAGUGGUGGCGGCAGUGACAUGUUUGGUGACAUCUCCUUCCUGCAGGGCAAGUUCCACCUCCUGCCGGGGACUGUGGUGGAGGGGCCUGAGGAGGAUGGCACCUUCGACCUCCCCUUCCAGUUUACCCGCACCGCAACUGUGUGUGGGCGGGAGCUCCCGGAUGGCCCAUCACCUCUGCUUAAGAACGCCAUCUCCCUCCCGGUUAUUGGUGGACCCCAGGCUCUCACCCUGCCCACAGCCCAGGCUCCACCCAAGCCCCCUCGCCUGCACCUGGAGACCCCUCAGCCUUCCCCACAGGAGGGAGGGAGUGUGGACAUCUGGAGGAUUCCAGAGACUGGCUCCCCCCACAGUGGGUUGACGCCGGAAUCAGGGGCUGAGGAGCCCUUCCUGUCCCAUGCCAGCUCCCUACUGUCCCUGCAUGUGGACCUGGGGCCUUCCAUCCUGGACGAUGUCCUGCAGAUCAUGGAUCAGGACCUGGAUAGCAUGCAGAUCCCCACAUAGGACCCGAGGCUGACUAGGCUGGGGGCCCAGGUGGGGCCGAGCCAGGAGGUGGGGUAUGGACACCGCCCUGGCGGCGGAGUCAGGGUCCCAAGAUCCCACCUGUGUGGUCGCUGGGCAGUGAUUCUCCUUCUGAGCCGUGUUUCCCCUCUCCCUCCCUCUCCACGUGGGCAGGGCAGGCCCCAUCGCUUUCCUCUAGUAACCACAUGGACACGUCCUGAAGUCAGCCCAGGGCGCCCUGAGCGUCUUGGGGCACCUGGACCCCACCACAAUACUCCUUCUUCCCUCAGGUCCCUGGGUGAAGGCUUUGCUGAAACCGACUCCCAUUUUCACCUCCCUUCUGCCUCAGCCCCGUUGGAUGCCCUGACUGGGGGCAGGGGAAGAGACAGGGCACAGCUGGCCGCAGGGCUCGGCCACUGGGCGAGCUGUUCCGGGCCUUUGGCUUUGCAUCCUGGACAGGGAGUGCCCUGUCAGGGACCAGAUGCGUCCUGCCUCAUCCCCAGCUCCAUCCCUUCCCCACGUGACCGGGGAUUCUGGUUGCAAUAAAACAUGCUGCUGCUGGUGGCUGAGCUCCCUGUCCCCUUGCCCCAGGUUUCCUCAUGGAGGUAGACAGUCUCCCAGAGCUGAGGGCUCGCCUCUGGAGACCCCAGCCCCACAGGGCUUUGUGGAGGACAGGCCUUGCCCUCAGGAAGGUUGUACCUGACGCUGAGCCUGUUGUGAGAAUGCAACAGGAGCAAACCAAGUGUUGCUGUGGAUAUUCCAACAUUGAUUCAGAUGUUUGGGAAGAGGUGGCUGAGCACUCGGAUAGGCUCAGCACUGUGCCAAGCCUGGGGCCAAUCCCUGCCCAGUCAGCUGGGGUCUGGUGGGGGACACCCAAGAAUAAAAGAAUAACCACAAAGUGUGCAAGGGA